AUGUCUACCAAAGACCAAGAAGAGAAGCCCUACCAGCAAGGCUGGCAUCCCUCAGUCACGGCCAAUCAUGCCACUCGCACGGCUGAAAACGAAGCAGCCUUUCUCCUUCCGCGUCUCAAACCCAACUUCCACAUCUUGGACAUGGGCUGCGGUCCCGGCACCAUCACCACGGGACUUGCAAACCAUGUCCCGCAAGGUUCCAUCACUGGCGUCGACCUCACACCUGAAAUCAUUGCCCAGGCAAAGCAGCUCGCAGAGCAACAGAAUGGAGGUGCACCUAAGAACGUCGAGUUUUCUACGGGCAAUGUGCUCGAGGGCCUGCCUUUUGCAGACGAGACGUUCGAUGUCGUCUGGAUGAGCCAGGUGCUUCUCCAUAUCCCAGAGCCGGUUAAGGCGCUGAAAGAAUUGAGGCGGGUGCUGAAGACGGGCGGUUUCAUCGCCGAUCGCGAGGGCGACUUCCCGUUCCACUGGUACCCGUACCUCCCUGGUCUGCAGUUGAAAAGCAAGUACCAAUACGAGAUGGUUAUUACGCGGCGAAAGUCGUCGUCCGCUCAACCGCAUCUACCUCCACAUGGCCCGGACCAUCGCAGCGGGUCGAUGAUACACGUGUGGGCACGCGAAGCAGGCUUCGAUCCGUUGAAAAUUGAGAAGAGUGCGAGGGUGACGAUGUACAGCACUCCUGAGGAGAGGAAGGUGUAUGCGGGGCACAUGAUUGCGAGGAUGGAGCAGGGCGGGCACAGGCAGAAGUACGAGGCGCUUGGGGCGAGUAAGGAGGAUGUCGACCUGAUGGUGAGGGACCUGGAGAGGUGGAGGGAGGAUCCGGAUGGAGUGCAUCACAUUGUACAUUGUGCUAGCAAUGCAACGAUCGUCUAUCCGGCGGCUGGUGGCACAGCGAAUUGUGGCCUCUUCCUCCUUGCUGUACCGCGGCGCAGCCCGUCGCACGGCGCCGCCAUGCAGUCGACGUCUCCUCCCCCGCAGACGCCCACGAUCCAGCGGCCAGACGCCUUCGACGAGUCCGACAGCGACAGCUCGCAGGUCACGCUGCAGCGCCGCUCUCCCUUGCCGCGUCGCGCCGUCCGCUCCCCCCAGCCGCAGCCCGGCGACGCAACGCCCAACUACUCGCGCCCUGCACCCCCGCGCGACCGCGAUGAGCCCGCCCAUCCCGGGCCCCAGCUAGGACACCGCCCGCGGCAGCGCUCGCAGGGCUACUUCGAGCCCAGCCUGCCCUCGAACCAGGCCAGCAUGUCCAACCUCGACGCCUCGCGCAUCGCCGCCCAGACAGCCAUGCAACCCCAGCACAUGCGCAAGCGCUCGACGACCAUCCCAGAGCCCGGCGCCUCCGUACCCUCGGCACGGGGGCCCUCGAGCCCGCCGCCCGUGCCCGGCCAGCACACAGUGACGUUCAGGACGAACGGCAUGACGUACCAGAACGGGCUGGCCGGUGGGGGCAGGAUGGCCGCAGCGUCUGCUGCCAACGCCGCCUACCCGCGGAGCCCUCUGCACUCACCCAACCUGCAGCAGCCGCCAGAGCACGGCUCGCCGAAGCCGGCGGCAGCCGACCUGGCCCAGCAACCAAAGGCCAAGGAGAAGAGCAAGAUGAAGCUCUUCUCCAAGCCGAAGAACAUCAAGACGGACAAAGGCCUGGAGCAGAAACACCAAGCCCUGCCGUCGCCCGGCAAAAUCGGAAUCGGCAUCCACAGUUCGCAAGCGCUGAACCGCAUGAUGAUGAACCCUUCGCAGACCAGCCUGGUGGAACCCAGCAUGAGCAGUGCUGCGUCAAUAUAUUCGACUGCGAACGGUUCGACAUCGACGCUGGUCCCGCGGAAUGACUCCUACCUCCCGACAGUGCACGAGAAGGACAGGGACAAGCACAAGCACCAUUUCCUGUCGCGGCCGAAGAAGAAGGAGAAGGACGACCACAUCCUGCCCUUGUCUUCGGCGAGCAGUACCUCGCGACUGGUCGACCCGAAUGCCCCUCAGCCAUUAUACUCGUUUGCCGCGCCUGCAUCGCCCGGACAUGCUAGCAGCUUUGCCAACUCCGUGACUGGGCUGGACUUGAGGCAUGGCGGGCGUCACCUGAGGCGCGCCAAGAAGGAAGAGAAGGCCUACUUGGAUGCACAGCUCGAACCUGCGUUCCGGGAUCGCAAACAAUCCUUCAGCACAGAUAGGUCGGAAUGGCCGUCUGCGGGCAGUGUCGGCACUACACCAAUGAGCACCUUCGGGCCUUCUUCCAGUGCUGCACUGUCACAAUCCAGCGACGCCAUGCAUACCCUCGGAAGCUCUUUCAAUCUGCCUGGGAUAACUCCCGAUGAUGCUUGGCCGUUGUUGAAAGCCACACUUCUGCUCAUCUUUGCAGGCGAGGACCCCAGGCCCCCAGUCGAGGAUUUCAACGCGCUGGUUAUCGUCCACAUCAAACGGUGUAUCCAGAAACGCUCGCCUAUCAUACUCAUCGAAGAUCUCAACGAACUUCUCAUGACUGGGUUUGGCUCGCUAGAUCAAACAUUAAGACACGUUCCCGACGACCGACUGAUUCCCCAUCUGGUCGAGAUGUGGAUUGUAGUUUUCACCACCAUCCUCCCUUUCAUUCAAGCUGUCUUCUUACCAUUGGAUUUAGAGUUUCGCGGCUCGGGUAUCAUGUCAUCCACAGCGGCGGCCGAAUUCUGGGGUGUGAAACUACCAGAUGAGAUGAACACGAAAUCCCCUGAAAACAAGAACAUACCUAUUCUGGGCGAACUCGAUGUCCGUCGCAUCACUCUACUUAUGUUCCGCGAUAUUGUUAUCCUACCACGGUUUGAUACCCUCAUGGCGAUUUUCUCUCGUCUCUCCUUGGAAAAUCUUAACGCAGGCCUCGAAUCGCCUUCUCCGAUCCCAGAUGCCCGCCCUGGGACUGCAGGCUCAGAAGGAGCGCCACUAGGGAGUCUACAGUCUGCGUCACACAGCUCAGGCGGCUAUCUCGAAUCCACAAACAGCAUGACUUCUUCCACCUUCGCCUCCACCCGCUCCCGCGCUACCUCCAACACCUCCGCCGGCUCCUUCUCCGCACACUCGAUCCACUCCAAUCCCUCGACAUUCCUCCAGCCCGGCCAACACAUUCCAGCCUCACUACGCGCGCAGCCCAUGGACUCGGCAAAGGUCACGGAGACGGUGGGCAGGAUGUUGCAGUGCGUCAGUGUGCUGGUCAGUCUGCAGUCUGGCGACGACGCGCAGGAGAAAAUGAGCAAGUUGACUAGGGAGCUGAAGUACAACUGGCUAGGCAGAGGAAGAACGGGACGGCAGAGGCAUGGGUUUGUGGGCGCGCGAAGAGGUGGGGCGGGACUGAAUCUCGCGGCCGGCGGGGUGAGCAUACCUGGGGUGGGAGCUUGA